UUUUGUUACUCUUCGACGCUCUAUAUUAAUACCUGAGACUCUUUUUCCAUCUUUCCAUAAUUCGAUAUCUAAAGUUGAGAGAGUGAAACCCUAAUAAGAAUAGGAAUGGAAUCCCACGUUUUGUUCAACUCCUCCUCUUCCACCGUAAGAGACCAUUCUAUUUGCAACAACAAAGCGCUUUCCUUGAAUCUGAAUAAACGUAAGGCUGUUGAACCACCAUGUCCGGAGUCGAAGAGGAGAAAACAUCAGAUCUCUCAUGAUAUCACGGCAGAGACUAAACAAAUUGAUGAGCGCAAGUCUUUUGCUCCAGCGAGGACUACCCAAAAGACGAAGCAGUCGGCUAUACCUAUGAAAGUUUCUAAAAACCAUAGAUCUGGGGUUCAUGGAACGGGAGAGAUUAAGCAAAACUUGAAGAAGCGGAACCCUGACGACGUUUGCAAGUCUGUUCCAGAAACAUCGAGGCCGCUCAAGUUGACAAUCAAGUUGAAGAAGCAGCCGCCUGCGAAAGUAUCUGAAAACCCUAAAAGUUGUCCACUUUUGAAGAAGAACGCAACAGAGACUUUGGAACUCUUUGAAAUAGCCAAGAAAUCUGCUGACGUGGCUAACGCAAAAGGAAUUCUCGCUGCUGAAGCAGAGACUUCAAUCUGCGUAGACAGCCUCGCGUUACUCAUGGAAUUCCCCAUCUGCUCAGCAGCUUCUGAAACAAAGAGGAUCAUGGCGAGGCUUGAGCAUCUCACAAAGCACAAAAAUCGAAAAAUCUGCAACUCUGCAUCAGCACUUCUUCACUGUUGGAGGCAGAGUAUCAGAGAUCAAGAACUCAGAGAGUCUCGACAAGGCUAGGGUGGCACCAGAGAAUCUAACA